UAUCAUUCUUACUUCACAAAUAGUUUUAUUAUUUCAUCACCUACCUAUUUGUGACCAAGUGUUUGUCAGUUGUCACCAUAUAUAUAUAUUAUAUAGAAAUGGAGCUUAGUUUUAUGCACAAACUUGGGGUUGUUUGUCUCAUAUUAUUGGUCUUAAAUAGUGCAGUGUGCUGUUUUGCGGAUUCAUAUAGGAAAUCAAGAGCAUCUUAUUACAAUACCCCUGAUGGCUACGGGAAUCCAUGGGGAGCUUGUGGCUAUGGCGAGUACGGAAGGACUGUCAACGGUGGCAAUGUUGCGGCCGUGUCCGGUGAUAUUUGGAAAGGUGGAAGUGGUUGCGGCGCAUGCUAUCAGAUUCGGUGUAAAAUAGCACAAUAUUGUGACGAAGAUGGAACACGUGUAGUAGUAACAGAUUACGGUGAAGGAGACAGAACAGAGUUCAUAAUGAGCGAACAUGCAUUCUCAAAUUUGGCACGUGACUCAGCUGCUUCUGCAAAGUUGAUGAAAUAUGGUGUUGUGGACAUUGAAUACAAGAGGGUCUCUUGUAAAUACUCUAACCGCAAUGUUCUUGUUAAGAUCCAUGAAAAGAGCAAUAAUCCUUAUUACUUUGCUAUGUUGCUUCUCAAUGUUGGUGGAAAAUGUGACGUUGCUGCUGUUCAGUUGUGGCAGGAAGAUCACAAAGAAUGGAGUCCACUGCGAAGGGUGUAUGGAACAGUUUUUGAUUAUGAGAACCCACCAAGUGGUAAAAUCACCUUAAGGUUCCAAAUGGAUUGUGGUGAAAGGCUUGUUUGGGUGCAUCCCAAGAAACCUAUCCCCAGUGAUUGGAAUGCUGGGGAAGCAUAUGACACUGGCCUUCAGUUCUAACUUUCAAAUCAAUUAGAAUUGCAGACACAUGAUGACAUCUUUAUUUGCAUUGGAAUCUUAAUAUGAGAGU